AUGGCGACCGCGAGAAGACACAGCAACGUAGAACGAUCAAGAUGGCGCACAAAAUGCCGCCAAGUAUUGUGUAAUCACAUAAACUCGACGUUGGGAAUCACGCUUGAUCCUUCCCAAGUCAGAUUGCACCCCUCUCGCGAUGACCCUUAUCGUUGGUCCGUGAGCCCAGGCAAAGAAUACUUGUUUGAGAAAAAUCUCAGCGACCAGUCUUUGGGAAUAUAUAAAGAACUUCACGACGGGAUCAACAUAUACUUCGAAGCCACCAAAGCGCCGUCGCGACGCCUGAGCGAGCCGUUGCACCAGGAAAUGUCUGCCAAGACUUUUACGCCUGGGACUUCAGCAGAUUUUGCUCAUCGAGAGGCAGCCAACAAAACUACUGUAAGUUUCACGUCUCGCAUCAAUGAGCUGCAAGUACAGAGAGAUUACGCCUCUCAAGAGGUCCAUCUACUCAAGAGCCAACUUGAAGCAGAGGUGAAGCUCAGGCUCAGUCUGGAGGAAAAACUACAGAUAGCGUAUGAGCGACAGGAACAGCUGAGGCGGGAGCUGGAAAAAUCAGUACGGCGGGAGGACCACUUCCGCAACACAGCAGUGGAUUAUUCGCAAGAGAUAGCUAAGAUUCUGCCGACCAUUAUGAGCUUGGCCGAAAAGACGAACUUCACACAGGCGGGCUUCAUUUGA